GCCCCCGAGCGCGCGCCUCGCAGGCCCCGGGCACUGUGCCUCAUGGCUCCCGAGACUCCACGCUACUUCACCUGGGACGAGGUGGCCCAGCGCUCCGGACGCGAGAAGGAGCGGUGGCUGGUGAUAGACCGGAAGGUGUACAACAUCAGCGACUUUGUCCGCCGGCACCCGGGGGGCUCCCGGGUUAUCAGCCACUAUGCCGGGCAGGAUGCCACAGAUCCCUUUGUGGCAUUCCACAUCGACAAGGGCCUCGUGAGGAAGUACAUGAACUCUCUCCUCAUUGGAGAACUCUCUCCGGAGCAGCCCAGCUUUGAGCCCACUAAGAAUAAGGAGCUGACGAACGAGUUCCGGGAGCUGCGGGCCACCGUGGAGCGGAUGGGACUCAUGAAGACCAACCCCGUCUUCUUCCUGCUGUACCUGCUGCACAUCCUGCUGCUGGACGUGGCCGCCUGGCUCACUCUCUGGGUCUUCGGGACAUCCUUGGUACCCUUCCUCCUCUGCGCAGUGCUGCUCAGCACGGUUCAGGCCCAGGCUGGUUGGCUGCAGCAUGACUUCGGGCACCUGUCUGUCUGCAGCACCUCCACAUGGAACCACCUACUGCAUCAUUUUGUGAUUGGCCACCUAAAGGGGGCUCCUGCCAGCUGGUGGAACCACAUGCACUUCCAGCACCAUGCCAAACCCAACUGCUUUCGCAAAGACCCAGACAUCAACAUGCAUCCUUUCUUCUUUGCCCUGGGGAAGAUCCUCUCUGUGGAGCUUGGGAAACAGAAGAAAAAGUACAUGCCGUACAACCAUCAGCACAAAUACUUCUUCCUGAUUGGGCCCCCAGCCUUGCUGCCUCUCUACUUCCAGUGGUAUAUUUUCUAUUUUGUUUUCCAGCGGAAGAAGUGGGUGGACUUGGCCUGGAUGAUCACCUUCUAUGUCCGCAUCUCGCUCAGCUACGUGCCCCUGUUGGGGCUGAAGGGCUUUCUGGGCCUCUUCUUCAUUGUCAGGUUCCUGGAGAGCAACUGGUUUGUGUGGGUGACACAGAUGAACCAUAUCCCCAUGCACAUUGAUUAUGACCAGAACAAGGACUGGGUCUCCACCCAGCUCCAGGCAACAUGCAACGUCCACAAGUCUGCCUUCAAUGACUGGUUCAGUGGGCACCUCAACUUCCAGAUCGAGCACCAUCUCUUCCCCACCAUGCCCCGGCACAACUACCACAAAGUGGCGCCCCUGGUACAGUCCUUGUGUGCCAAGCAUGGUAUCAAGUACCAGUCCAAGCCCCUGCUCUCGGCCUUUGCUGACAUUGUCCACUCUCUGAAGGAGUCGGGGCAGCUCUGGCUGGACGCCUAUCUUCACCAGUAACACCAGCUCCACCCCAAGGAAGAGGACUCUGAAGCCAAAGCUGGGGAGCUUGAGGGACGAUGCCACUAAGUUCUCAUAUUUGGGGGGUGCGGGGCAGGGGUGGGAAAAGACAGGCUCAUACCCUUCUCUCCGUCUUUGGGCAUAAAGGCCCACGGAGGGGUCAGAGAAGGUGUGGGUUCCCCCGGGGCGGAGGGGGAAGGUGCUGCUGGACAGGGCUGUGGGGUUCGUUUCUUUUUUUCUAGUUUAAUGUAGGUGAGUCGAGGGGAAGAGAUAGAACACUAAAAUGCCACUCAGAUAAAGGGGAGCUUCGUCUGGCCUAUCCCAGCAACCGCCCAUGGGGCAGUGGCCUGGUGGGCCCCGCCGAUGGCUGAUGGGAAAGCCAUUUUUGUUUCACAGUGGCCCAAAGGCUCUCGGCACUGCUGAUGGUGAAGGCAUGUUCCACCCAGGGUCUGAAGGGAACCUCAGGCCCUAGCUCUUGUCAGAUCUCACAGGGCAGAGGGCUGCUGGCCGCUGGCCUUCCUCUUCCCUGGAGACACAUGGCGCUGUCCAUGGUUCCCCUUGCAAUGUCCAGUGUAAGACAGCAGUUGGCACGAGUGACCAAAGUGCUUGGUGGCAGGGCUCGGAGCACGACCUCUGAGCCAGGCUGAGCCGUAGUGCUGCCUGGGGCAGCCGUGGUGGCUUGGAGAAUCACUUCAGAGGUCUAAAUCCAAAAUAGGAAGAUUAAAGAGUAUAUCAUUGUUGUUGCCUUAGUGAGGCUUCUUGCUGUCCGUUCUUGUUUAGCUGUCUUGACCCCUCUGGAGACCAGUUAGGAAUUUAGGAUAAAUUCUUAGAAAUGCACAUCCGUCUAACACAGAAGCAAUUUUCUAACCUUGUGGUU